AUGAAGAGAAGUUAUCCUUCUGGAAGCGAUAAACGAAAGCGCAAAAAAGAGGAAGACGAGAAAAGAAAGCAUGAUAGCGGAUUGCUAAGAAAAUGUUUAGUUCCCUCAUCUUCUUCAAAUCAGGAACAUGCUUCUAGUUCUCAGUCUGCCGCUACACACACUACUACAGUCCCAAGUACUGCCACGCCAAGGUUUACUGCCCCCUCUACAGCCCUGGACAGCAGCGCUUCCUCCAGUGAGCAGCAGUCAGCUAUAUCCCGUACUGCAAUGGUCAACAUUUCGUCGCCUACCUCCAUUGACCAAGAGGACCAAACAGAACCACAAGCACCCACUCCAGCUCAAACGACAUCCACAGACCAAGAAAAAGCAACACCAAUAAGAUUGACAUCUUCUGAUCCUGGACAGUGGCCUGAUGUUCUUAAUGAUGGUGAAAAGAGUUCCCUGGUGAAAAAAGGUCCUCUUCAGGAUGUGCCUCUUAAGUUUUCUGCUGCAGAGUUGUAUAACAAAUGCUUUGAAACAGCCCGUCCCUUCUUCACCUCCCUACGCUGA